GCAUGGAAAUAGCACAGUAAUCUGGACGAGCCACAACGCACUGUGGGAACUACGCUACCAGUCUUUGAACUUCUACAGAUAUUCCCAAAACGUUAUCCGGACGAAGAAAAUCUAAACAGUUCAGAUCUGCGCAUCGAAAGUGUUACUUAGAGACGUUUCCGCUAUUUCCAGUCGCAAAAGGGAUAUUUUACUGGACAUGUAAAUUAAAGGAGUUACUGCCAUCCCCAAAAUGAAGCUAGCCUUUUUAGUCUGCCUCGGCUUUCUCUUCACUCCUGUGGUUGUACGGGUUAGCUCUUCCCAGUCAGUAUGUGCUGGCACCGAGAACAAGCUGAGCACGCUGUCGGACCUGGAGCAGCAGUACCGCACCCUACGCAAAUACUACGAGAACUGCGAGGUGGUGAUGGGCAACCUGGAGAUCACCAGCAUCGACCGCAAGCGGGACCUCUCCUUUCUGCGAUCCAUCCGGGAGGUGACGGGCUAUGUGCUGGUGGCACUGAAUCAGUUUGAGUACCUGCCCCUGGAGAACCUGCGCAUCAUCCGGGGGACCCAGCUCUAUGAAGACCGCUACUCGCUGGCCAUCUUCCUCAACUACCGGCGCGACGGCAACUUCGGCUUGCGCCGGCUGGGCCUCAAGAACCUGACGGAAAUCCUGAACGGAGGCGUGUACGUGGACCAGAACAAAUUCCUGUGUCACGCUGACACCAUCCACUGGCAGGACAUCGUCAAGAAUCCGCGCGCCGAGCUCCUGGUGGUGCCGACCAAUAGCAGCGUCGGAUGCCUGCGAUGUCACAGAUCCUGCAACGGCCGCUGCUGGGGCCCCCGCGAGGACCAGUGCCAGAGCUUGACGAGGACAGUGUGCGCCGAGCAGUGCGAUGGACGCUGUUUCGGGCCCUACGUUAGCGACUGUUGUCACCGGGAGUGUGCUGGCGGCUGCUCCGGUCCCAAAGACACCGACUGCUUUGCCUGCACCAACUUCAACGACAGCGGAGCUUGCGUCACCCAGUGCCCGCAGCCCUUUGUCUACAACCCCACCACCUUCCAGCUGGAACACAACCCAAAGGCCAAGUACACCUACGGGGCCUUCUGUGUGAAGAAAUGCCCACACAACUUUGUGGUGGACCACAGCUCGUGCGUUCGUGCCUGUCCUAGCAACAAGAUGGAGGUAGAGGAGAAUCGCAUUAAGAUGUGCAUCCCAUGCACAGACAUUUGCCCCAAAGCUUGUGACGGCAUUGGAACCGCCAGCCUGCAGACGGCACAGACCGUCGACUCCAGCAACAUCGACAAGUUCGUCAACUGCACCAAGAUCAACGGCAACCUGGUCUUCCUCAUCACCGGCAUCAAGGGGGAUGUGUAUCAUGGGAUCGAGGCACUGGACCCAGAGAAACUGGGGGUAUUCCGCACGGUCCGAGAGAUUACAGGGUUCCUAAACAUCCAGUCCUGGCCGGAGAACAUGACAGACCUCAGCGUCUUCUCCAACCUGGCCACCAUAGGAGGCAGGGCGCUAUACAGCGGCAUCUCCCUGCUGAUCCUCAAGCAGCCGUGGAUCUCCUCCCUCCGGCUGCAGUCACUCGGCGAGAUCAGCGCCGGGAAUGUCUACAUAACCAACAACAGUCGCCUCUGUUACUACAACACGGUCAACUGGACCCGCCUGUUUCGCACCCCCACCCAAAAGGCCAUGAUCCGCAACAACCGUGAGCCCAGGGCUUGCAUCCUGGAACGCAAGGUGUGUGACCCGCUGUGCUCAGAUGCAGGCUGCUGGGGCCCUGGGCCAGACCAGUGCCUGUCCUGUCGCUUCUUCAGCAGGGGCCGCUCCUGUGUGGAGUCCUGCAACCUCUACGAUGGGGAUGUGCGUGAAUUCGCCAAUGGCUCGGUCUGCCUGGAAUGCGAUGCACAGUGCGAGAAAGUGGACGAAGGCUUGCAGACCUGCCAUGGACCGGGCCCUGACCACUGCACAGAGUGCCUGCACUUCAAGGAUGGGCCCAACUGUGUGGAGAAGUGUCCCGACGGCCUACAGGGGGCCAAUAGCUUCAUCUUCAAGUACGCCGAGGUUAACAACGAGUGUCGUCCCUGCCAUGCCAACUGCAGCCAGGGAUGCAUUGGUCCCCGGAUUCAAGACUGCGUGGGCAUGAUUGACAGGACUCCCCUCAUCGCGGCAGGCAUCAUCGGCGGACUCUUCGUCAUCGUCAUCGUGGCAUUGAGUGUGGCCGUCUACGUUCGCCGUAGGAGCAUCAAGAAGAAGCGUGCUCUGCGCCGUUUCCUGGAGACUGAGCUAGUGGAGCCCCUAACUCCCAGUGGAACAGCCCCCAACCAGGCCCUGCUGCGAAUCCUGAAGGAGACGGAACUGAAGAGGGUGAAGAUUCUGGGUUCUGGAGCUUUCGGCACCGUCUACAAGGGCAUAUGGGUGCCUGAAGGGGAGACAGUGAAGAUCCCGGUAGCUAUAAAGAUCCUGAACGAGACGACAGGACCGAAAGCCAAUGUGGAGUUUAUGGACGAGGCCUUGAUUAUGGCCAGCGUGGAUCACCCCCACCUGGCCCGACUCCUGGGUGUGUGUCUGAGCCCCGCCGUGCAGCUGGUCACGCAGCUGCUGCCACACGGCUGCCUACUGGACUACGUGCGUGAGCACAAGGACCACAUUGGAUCCCAGCUGCUGCUCAACUGGUGUGUCCAGAUAGCCAAGGGCAUGAUGUACCUUGAGGAGCGACGGCUGGUGCACAGGGACCUGGCCGCCCGCAACGUGCUGGUCAAGUCGCCCAACCACAUCAAGAUCACCGACUUCGGACUGGCGCGUCUCCUGGACGCCGACGAGAAGGAGUACAAUGCGGAUGGCGGCAAGAUGCCCAUAAAGUGGAUGGCUCUGGAGUGCAUUCACUACAGGAAGUUCACACACCAGAGCGACGUGUGGAGCUACGGAGUGACCAUCUGGGAGCUGAUGACGUUCGGGGGCAGGCCCUAUGACGGAAUCCCCACCCGUGAGAUCCCAGACCUGCUGGAGAAGGGAGAGCGGCUGCCCCAGCCGCCCAUCUGCACCAUCGACGUCUACAUGGUCAUGGUCAAAUGUUGGAUGAUCGACGCAGACAGCAGGCCCAAGUUCAAGGAGCUGGCAGCUGAGUUCUGCAGAAUGGCCCGUGACCCCCAGCGCUACCUAGUAAUCCAGGGUGACGACUGCCUGAAGCUACCUAGCCCCAGUGACAGCAAGUUCUUCCAGAGCCUGCUAGAUGAGGAGGAGCUUGAGGACCUAAUGGAUGCUGAGGAGUACUUAGUCCCUCAUUCCUUUGGAGUGCCAGCGCCCCCUGCCUACACGCCACGGCCUCACAUUGACUCCAACCGGAACCAGUUUGUGUACCAUGAUGGCAGCUUCGGUGCUAAUGAGGCAGUGGCAGCUCACGCCGGGGCGGUAGCGGCGUCUGCCACCGAGAGACUGCCUGGGACCCAGGGGCCCACACCGGAGGACCCACGCUGCAACGGCACACUCCGCAAGCAGGCCUCCCCCCGGCCAGCAGAGGGCGCUGGCGUGCAGCGGUACAGUGCAGACCCCACCGUGUUCCUGGGAGAACGAGGUCCCCGAGCAGCAGGUGACGAAGAUGGCUACAUGACCCCAGAGCAGGACAAGACGUCCUCGGUGGAUUACCUCCACCCAGUAGAGGAGAAUCCCUUCAUCACACGCCGCAAGAAUGGAGAUGUCCACGCCCUGGAUAACCCAGGCUACCAUGGCGCCCCCGGUGGGCCAGCCAAGGUGGAAGAUGAAUACAUUAAUGAACCUCUGUACUUCAACGCCUUCAACAGUGUCGGGGAGAAGGGCAAGAAUGGCGUCCCCAUUCUUAAGGCUCCCACAAAUCUCAGCACUGCCCAGGCCAUCCAAUCAGGACACGCCCCUCACCCCUCCCAGCCUGGCCAUGCUCACCAAACAGGUCAGCCUAGUCACCCUGGGCAAAGCAGUAACCCCACCCAUCCUGGUUACACAUUCCAUCCAGCCCACCCCAGCCACUCCCUCCACCCGGGCCAUGCUCCCCUCUCCAGCACUAUCCUGGCCGACAAGAAGCCCAAGAAGACCUUUGACAAUCCCGAGUACUGGCACCACAGCCUGCCCCCCAAGGCUAGCCUGCACAACCCCGAGUAUCUGCCAGAGUGCAGCACCAAGCUUUUCUACAAACAGAAUGGCCGCAUCCGGCCUGCAGUGGCUGAAAACCCAGAGUACCUAUCCGAAUUCUCCCUCAAGCCUGGUAUGGUACUACCACCUCCACCCUACCGCCAGAGGAACACAGUGGUGUAGUAGGAUGGGGAUCAGGAGACGGUUGGCUGGCAGGUGGGGACCUGGGGAUGAGAGGUGCUCAAAAUCACCCUGGUUUCUGUACCAGCAUCCUAACUUUCAGCUCCUCACUCCUUACAACCAGCAAACAACUGAUCAUCGUACCACCUCCCAACUUUAACUUGGACCUCCCACAUCCUUGUUCCAAUCUCGCCAAGGCAACCUUGAGCUCUGAAAAGCUGUUGGGGCUGUUGUCAAGUGUCAGUUCAGGCUUCCUGUUCCUCAUUCCUAGUACCUGGAAUGGAUUGGUCACGAGUGAUCAAAAUGAUGUGGCAGGUAAACAUUUGACAUGCGAGAUGCUACUUCUCACUGUUUACUGCAAGUUGGAUGCGACGUCUGAGCCGUUGCAGGAAAAUAAUUUGAAAGGUUGCACAGACAUGCAAGCAAACUGUAAUAUGGACAUAUGUGAACUGACAACCAUGAUGGUAAAUAUCAAGAGUGUAUUUAAGACCUUACACAUAAGUCUAAGAGGCUCCAUUUUGUAACUCUAAUACAUUGCCAGCAGAUUAAAGUAAAGCACAUAGACAGAUUCUACAGAUCCAUUUAUUGUACUUUUCUCUGGAAUUCUGUAUUUGGGCACAUGCUAUCCAGUGUUGUCAUUCCCUGCACAAGGGGCCCCAGUUCUUUAUUCUGCCUCCUAUGUCCACAAGUAACCUGACUACUGUGUGAGAAUUCAUUUCCCUCAUUUGUGGAAGGAAACUGGAGUUUUUUUGUGUCCCAUUCGAUUCACAUGGUCUCCAGUUCUCCUCACACAGAUGUCGUGUUUAUUGGUCAGACUGCUCCAGGUGGCAUCAAAAACAACAAAGCCCCUGGUAUUUCAGGUGUGGAUGAAGGUCUUUUGACCUCAGACAGAAGGCAUGGAAGACAUGGACAACCCAGAAGAACAUAUAUUUGAAGGCACCAGGAAUGGUCAAAGACUCAAAACUAGGAAGGCUCUAAGAGUCCUCAAGCACAGUGUUUCCAUGCACUAAACGAGUGACUCCAUCAACCUACCAAGAUCUCUCUGAAAAGACUUUCAUAAAUGAUGACAGCAUUCAUGUGAAGAAAUGUGCUACAAAAAUGACAGCAGGAUCAAUGCAUCACUGAAAAACAAUGCUGCAUAACCUCAGUCAAGAAGGUCCUACAAGCAUUGAUGCAUCAAUAUUUCCAAAAGUGGUUCCUAAAGUUUCACUCAUAGACCCACUCAAUCAUAUCAUUGACUUACAAAAUGAAAGGAGUUUCAUAUUAUAUAUGAAAGUCACAUGAAAGAACAACAGGACAAAGCAAAUCCGCAAAGGGAGAAACCUCCAGCGAUCCUCUGCACAAGGGCACCAUGCCAUAAGGACACUAUGGCAAUGAAAGCUGGGCCUGCAAGUUUGUGAAUGUGGGAGCCCUGGUCCUCAGUUAGAUGUGCAUUUGAAAGCAUCAAGGCACUGAAAGGUUAAUAAUUGGUUGUGGACUUCAAGAGCAAGGAGUCGGUCCCUGAUGCAGUGUGAGCUCUAGGCUUUGGGUCACCAUUUGUGUAAGGAGGCAGAUGGGUCUUUCUGGGACUCCACUGCUGUAGCCAGCUAUGGGAAGGUAUCGUAGGCAGGCUGCAGGAUCACUGGAUGAAGGAUAUUAAGUUUUACCACGUUCCAUCUCCACCUCUCUUCCUUCCCUGUCUGGUAGCUCUAACAAGAACACAAAAUAGUGCCAAAACACCAAGAGAGGUCUUUUGAAUGAGUUUGUGUUAGGAGGAUGCUGCACUAAUUGAAAACACAGAUAUUGCACCAUAUCUCUGAAUGGUCAACAGGACUCCAGAAGACCACUGCCGAAUGUCAAGCUUAUUGCUAAUGGAGACUAAAACCUUUCAUGUCAAACUGUUAAUUUGACCGGGCAGCAUUUCACUGACUGCUUCAUUGUCAUUUUUAUCUGAAGGGCAACUUUAUUUACGAAUCAUUUACUUACUUAACAGUCAAUUCUGCCGUGCAUAUGCUUGUGUUUGUAAGGUAUGUAUAUGUGAGCAGACCAUUCAUUUUAGCGCCAUAUCAGGAAAAUUGCACUAGAAGAGAGUUUGUGCUGUACUCUGUCUACUGGGAGCUUUGAAUGAAGUCAAAGAGGUUGUGGUUCCACAAAGUCAUGUCAGAUGUGCCAAAUGCUGAUAUGUUUAUUUUUCAAGUUUGUAUAAGAAUUUCUAUCUUCUAGAGUCCUAGCUAUACUACGAGUGUGUGAAUGAAUUGUUGUAUUGAAGUAAAGGCUUGUAAAGGUCUUGACAACGGUUUGGACGUAAGACAUGACCUCUGGCCUCAUCAGAUUUGUUACAAGCUUGCUAAGGGAUCCCCUAUCCCUGGAAAACAUGCCUUGAUGUGAACAUAAGGGAUGAAAAGGCUUUCUUUUCACCAACCAAGACAAGAAUAUAAUCUGUGAAUCAGAUUGUUGAAAGCAAUGAAUGAUUCUGAUUGUACCAUAAGGCAGAUUAUACUGCCCUAAGAAUUUGUGUUGCAUAUUAAUUUCACUUACAUAAUAAUUUCAUGCUAUGAUAGAUGAAUUUUUUUGUGCGAUGGUCAUAUCUAUGUCUCCUCUUUGGGGUCUUUUAUUAAAUCCCCUUCACCACACAGACAAGAAGCUGCUUACUUUAAGGCAUUUAUUCUGACAAAUACUUAAGAACAGACAUGUCUCUGCCUUUCCGACAAGGAGUUACUCUCCAAACCUGUAGGGUAGCAGAUAGAUGCCUGCUGUUCAACUGCCAAUGACAUGUAUGCCCUCAGCCCAAUCACCAGCUUGCAUCUACAUACCUUCAUGAUUCUCGAUGCCCUCCAUGGCUAAAAGGAAUCCCGAUCUUGUUGAUAUUUUUAGCACAGAUGGACAAUUUCCAGGAAGUAGAUGACCACGCUGUCACAAAAUGGCCUCAGUGUUGUGCUAAGUGGCCACCGCACACUGUUUCAGACAUGGACACUGUCAUGGGCCAUGAAUACUACUGUUUCCUUUUUAAGGUUUCUAAAAACCUAUGUAGCAAACACUGGGACUGAGUUACUCGAAAACGAAGAAGCAGCUAACUGAGGAACAACGUCAGCAGCGGAAGGUGUGAGAAACCCGGCACUUAACAGACAGGAAGGAAAUCAGCCACGGUCUUACGGACAAAAGCAACAAACAGAGAACUUCCUCCAGAUUCCUCAGUGUUUUGUGUUUGAUCUUUUUGUACUUUUGAAGUUCUAGCGACACCAUUCAUACAUCAUCUGCAUACUUAUCAUCAGUUUCUUUUUUUUUUAUCGCUGUUGCUUUAAUAAUUAUGAUAGAAAAUGUUGUGUUACUUUGUUAUACUGCCAAUUAUCGUUUUCAUUCCGGGGAUCUAUAAGUUUUGCUGGGGUUCUUUUCUCCUGCAGCACACAUACGUUACUUAUUAUAUUUUGCUUAAUAUCGAACAAGAGAGCUUUCUUGACUCCCAAGAAAGUUGAAAACAUUCAUUUUAUGUUAGCAUGAAGUCACCCCCCAGUGGGGACACAGAACACUAAAGGCGAUUAUGAAAGGACACACUUGCCCCCACCAACACACAAUUUUCAUAAGGUUGCUUUAUGAAUUAUUUUCCUAUCUUCCUAUGAUUUAAGGACAACAGGAUCUGAUAAAUUUCAUUGAUCCCAGGGGCAAUAGAUAACAGCUGAUAUUUUUGCGUUACCAGAAAUUAUCCUCGAAGUAUUGAAAUGUGGCAGCAUUAUCUCUCUUACCAUAAGUAUUUCAUGACCAUUUAACUAACCCAGUGUUUGUGUAGCUUAUCUUACAGUGUGACUAAAAUGGAAUAGUGCAAGAUAUCCAGAGAAGUACAGGUAGGUGUUAAUUAUUGCAUAGUAAUAGGGCAAAGCUAAUGUUAAAAUAUUUUUAGAUGGCUGAGUGUAAGACACUAAUUAUCUCUUUACUGGGUUAUUAGGAAUCUGUUAAUUUAGUCUUUGGCACCCUAAAGGGUGGCAUUAGGCAAGUGCUAAGCGUUCACACAACGUGCCCCAAAGACACGUUAAAUAAACAUAUUAGCGGAUUAGAAAAUAAAUAAAUUUAUUCAUUUACAUGAUGUGUUUCAUGUGAAACGCGUUCUUUUAAAUUAAAACGACACCAUUCUAGUUUUUUUAAACGGCUAAACAGAAAGGAGAGGUUAUUAAUUAUCUCAUUCAGUGCUUGUGACUUCUUGGAAGGGAACGUUAAAUUUGAUACAUUAUGUUUUUUUUUUUUUUUGAAAGAUAUUCGGAAAAGUGCACCGAAAGCGGCUGAACAGCAGCCGGAGCUGGAGUGUUUUUCCUAGACUUCAGUGAAUUUCUAAGGCAUAAUUAAAACAGAACUUGAAUACUAAGAAGUACUAAAUAUUUAAUCGCUUACUUGGAUAAGGCUGAAUUUCGGAGUUUACCAAAGUCAUAAGAUUAAUGUGGUUAGCUUGCAAAAAUAUUUUUAUUUUAGUGUUGAUGUAUAGGCAUUAUAAAUGUAAAGGAAAAAUAAAUACUGUUUGAAGGCCUUAAUACAACAUCAUGACAUUUUAGUCCACUGUACUCAUAUUUAAAUUUUUAUUCCAUUUUUUACUUCAUUUUAUUACAACAUUUUUAUUUCAAUUUUGACUUCAUUUGACAGAACAGUUCUUGAUAUUUUUAUUGCCAUAUAAUAAAAAUACCUAUGAUAUUGACUGUAUUAUACAUACUCACCAAGUAUACCAUGAUUGCUGGAAGUAUAGCGAAAUCAUUUCGAAAUUCUGAAGAGCUUUGUGCAGACAUUACAGACAUUUAUCACACUGACAAAUUUGGAGGAAGGCUUUUUUUUCCAACAGGAAUCUGGAAAGUUUGUUCCUCAAGACUUACUACUGUAUGUUCACUGAGAAAAUGUGAAUAGUAUUUUUAUAGAGGGAUGAAGAAUCGGCCAUGUGUAUUUGUUAAUAAUGGGGAAUGUUUCUUUGGGAUUUGUAUAUUUGUUUUUUUUAAUUAUUAUUGUCGUUGUUCUCACCAUGAGACGAGUUUACGUUUUACGUUAAACACAGUUGUCUACCGGUGGCCUGAUUUUGUUUCUGUAUAUAUCUGUAAUCUGGAACUGUGAGUUUUGAUUCGAUGAAUUCAUGACUUGUAGCCCCGCCCCCUCAUCAUUCAAAGCCACUCCCCCUUUGCCUCUGUACUUAGCUUCGUGACCUUUGUGUUUUAUUCAGUCUCUGCUCACAUAGUAGGAUCUGCUUUCAGAGUCUGGUGUAUGUACCUUCCUCUUCUGCUCAUUUACACUUUUGUAAGUAAUGCAGCUCUGCAGAGACUCUGAGGAGAACUUCACUGGAUGCUGAGGACCCAUCUGUCCAGGGGCAAGCAGACAGUACACACCAGUGUUGUCAACCCCAUUUCCACACUGUGCUGGGGUCGAGGAGGGAGGACACAGCUGAAGAGCUGUCCCAGAUUUCCACGUACGACUCACUGCGGGACCUUCAUUCUUCCCGGGAAGCUUUUAUCUUGGUCUGUGUUCCUCAGCUCCCUUGUUCAUAAAGAUCAUGUUUAGUUUUAAAGUACAGAAUGGUCGUCGCCUGUUGUACUCUCAUUCGUGCGAUUCGCUCACUGGCAGUAACCGUAAAAACGAUCUGAUGAUGCCAACGCUGGUGUUUACUUUCCCUUCCACCUUCCAAGGUUUUAGCAUCGUCCAGGCUACUGCAUUUAAAAUACAGCCCUUCGUUUUUGUUACACGAAUCUGUCAAAACUAUAUUUUUAAUUUAAUAUAAAUAAAGAUCAAUACAGUAUG